UAGGCAAAUUCCCACUUUCUCCAAACUGCUUGCUCAAAAAUGGCAGUCAAAGAAUUUCAGGAGGCACAAGGCGACUAUUCUCAAGAUCAACGCUAAGCCCAUUAGUCCCUAAGUCAUUUAAGUCAAAGCCUAGAUCAAAAGCCAAUCCAAAAUAAAAUAAUGAUGCUUGAAGAGAAAUACACUGAAAUUGAAAGAGACAAUCAACGGUUGUUUGAAAAGAUGAAAAAUAUUGCUCACAAUGAGAAGAGCAUCAGCAAGAAACAUCAGAAGUUUAAAACUCCUAAAAGUCUGAAUAUCGCCAUUAGAGAGAAGGAGAAGUGGAGAAUUGAGAAAGAGAACAAGAAAAUAUACCAACGCAUUAGAGAUAAGAAAAGUAUUUAUGACAUGCAGUCUUUUGAAAAGCAAAGAAAAGGGGUAGAGAAACUUCUCAAAUUUAUGGGAGAUUAUCCACAUCCUGCAUCAAGAUUGCAUGCCAGUAUUGACCAUCAACGAUCUCAAUCAGAGCAGAGGUCCCAGGAUGGCUUGAAUAGCAAAAGAAAUCCUACAUUGCCUAAUAUCUCAAGGUUUUCAUGAAGCCAUAGAAACUCUGUUAAUUAUAAUCCGGUAGAUAGGUCUCAAGUACUUUCAUCUACCGAGCUACAAAAAGACAUUGAUUAUUUCAUGAAUGAUCAAGUAACUAGGAUCUCGAGUGAAGCUCUGAAGUCGAAAGAUGCCAGUUUACCGAUCCCUGAAUUGCAGGAGAAUCCUGGCUAUGAUUGGACUAGUAAAUAUGAUCACCUUAAAUACGUUAAAAUAUUUGAUUUCCCCUCCUUGCCAUUAAGCAACAACAGAAUUCCUCUGUAUAGCAAGAAGCAUAAUUUUGGGUCCAAAGUUGGAGAAAGACACGUUGAAGUAUCUAUUUAUAAGAACAAGUUCUACAUCUUGUUGAUUAAUCAGUCUCCAGGAGGUGCCCUUAUACCAGACCUAAUAGAAAUGUAUAUCAAGCAAGCCAAAAGAAUCUUCAAAUAUUGAGAGAAAUCCUUUCAGAUAAUGCUAGACAUGAUUGAAUUUCAUACAGGAAAACCUAAAUUUAACGAGAAAAUUGCUCUCUCCAGAGAAUUUAAUUCAAGUAUCCAGAGAUACAGUAAUUUAGAGCACCACAGGAACAGCACUGGUCAUCCAGUCCCGUCAAGCAGCCGAUUAGAGAAGCAUAACAAAAAGUAUCGAAAUAACCUUCUCCAUCAAUCAGUGGAUGCGUCAAUAGGAUAUCGUAAAAUUUGUCAACACCCCAAGCUCCUAAGCGAGUCCAGGAAUGAGUCCUUGAGAAAGCUCAGGCAAGACUUCAAAUAAAGAAUUUGAUAGUUCAUUUGAAAAACUAAGUAAAAAGGGGAAAGGUCUGAAACUUUUCAAGAAUUACUUUAAAGUUCCAAAGAAAGAACAAAACGGUCGAUAUCAAUACUUCAAACAACAUGCCUUAAGAGUUAAUAGGAUGUUGAAAUCGAAGUAUUCUCAAGACAUUGGAGAUCCAGCUAUCCACAAUAGGAGUGCCUUACAGCCUAAAAAUGAGACUAUGAACCUGCAAACAUCAAUCCAGCUUCUCUCCUCAAGCGAAGGAGUGGAAGACCCAGAUGAGAUGCCAUUCAAAUUACCAGAUGAUCACCUGAAGCAAUUAAUGUAAAUGCAAGUUUCUAUUUUUGAAAUAUUGAAA